AUGUUUCGCGGCCACACGUUCUUGGUCUCUCUUGCGGCGUCGCCGUUGACGGUGGCAGAGCUUACCCAAAACGGCGGCCGCGUGGUGUACCACUUGGAUGACAAAACUCCCGUCACAUGUGCCAUCAUCGCGAGCGAUAACCAGCCCGGCACUCCCGCGCGCUGCAGCCGUGGCUGGGGGUCGGCAAAGGAGCUGCCUAAAUCAGUGGAGAGCCGCAUCCGUUCCAGUCGCCUCACAGUAGUCUACGAGCGUUGGGUGCAUCAGUGCCUGUGCGAGAACCGUCUCCUGCUGCCGUGCCGAGACUACCCCGACACCAUCGCUUACGACCCGUACUUAUUUGCUGGCGUUUACUUCACGACGACCCAGCUGCCGCUGCAGCUGAAAGCGAACAUUAUCGCACUCAUGCAGUUCUACGGUGCCACGUACCACAACCACCUACUGGACACGACUAACCUGUUGGUUUACAGUCACGUGAGCCUUUCACCUGCCGCCCCGCGGCAUGCGGUGACGAGCCCUCUAGCACCUCAGCCCCUCGUUGCCGGUGGUCGAGACGAAGAGGCACCGUCGUCCACCAAAGAAACGGAGGCAGCAAACACCAGUUCCAGCCAGCAGUUGUCGACGGGCCGGUCUGGCGACAACCCUAACGAGGCUGCUCUACCAUCGCUGACGAAGCUCGCCGUUGCGCGUCAGCGUGGCCUGGCGUGCGUGACACCACAGUGGGUGCAGCUGUGUCUGAACACUGGCGAACUGAAACCGGCAAGCUCGGCUCUAGGGGCUGCACCUCUUGCUCAGACCCCGUCGCUUCCUUCCACCAACUCCAGCGCAACCCUCCGGACUGACGCGCCUGUGCCCACCGUGACUGCUGCUGACGAGAUUCGCUACCAUGAGGAGGAAGUGGAUCGAUGGAUCGACGAAGUACUCAGCAGCACCCCACCUUCGGCUCAUCCGAACUCUGGUGGCGCCACGAUGGGUGCGUGUGCGGCGCACCUCCCUGGGCCGUCGUUGUGCACGGUGCCGGGAAGACCGGAGGAAGCUGCAGAGGUGCGUGAGGCGCUCAUGCUAGCAGCUCAGCUCUCCCUCUCUGGUGCGUCAGUGCCGAGGACGCGAAAGCGGCGUCGCGCGCACUAA